AACAUCGGUCCUCAACCACUGCCAAUGAAGACGGCAAGACAGUUGUUGUCGUGGUACACAAUGACCUGGUUCCAGAACGUGCUUACGUUGACAGGUGUCCCACUGCCUCCUCUCUGGGUACACUGUGACAGGAGUGACCCCCCUGGGUACUGUAUGGCUUGGUGCAGAGCCCAUCUCCACUGUCAACAAAGUCACUGCUAUCAAGCUUUACACUAUUCACAGCAAAGUGAAGGUGAUGACAGGAAGCGAGUGGGGAGAGAGACUGGGAAGGGGCGGCAAAGGACCCUGGUCGGGAAUCGAAACCCGGGUCAUCCGCAUGGUGGAGACCAAGCGCUAUGCGCAGUAACCUGUUUGGCUCCAUGCAGGUGGAGAACACCAUCGAGUCGCAGCACAGCAUUGCCGAUGUCUUCAGGCGGAGCAACAUGGAGAAGAUCCUGCAGAUGCCACCACAGUCCUCUGAAGCUGCACUGCAGGCCCUUAAGGAGGAGAAGACAGGCACUCCCACCCAAAAGAAGAGCAUUAACAUCUACAGCACUGUGGGCCUGGACUGGGGGAUCUGGACUUCACCCAGAAACUCUGGGUAAAGAUGCGAACAGUGCACAGGAACAUCAGCAACUCUGGGCCUGCUCAUCCUGCAGUCGUAUAAGCAGGAGAUAGAGGAGGCGAGCCUUUUGAGCCUGGUCCCCGUACACAUGGUGCUGCAGAUGGGCCUGGACAAGAUGAGGAAAAACUACAUCAACUACCUCAUCGGUCAGCACUGCCCCACACAGGGCCAUGCCACAUGACUCAUGCAUGUGUUUGUGUGUCUGUCUCUCUGACUUCCUGACUAUC